AUGUUAUUCGACAUGAAAUCCAUCGUCCUCUACGGACUGAUGGCCCUGGCUCAUGCUUCUCCCUUUCCCGAGCUCAGCAAGCGGGCCAAACUCAGUGACUUCCAGUGCCCUGACGGCACCACACUGUCUGAAAAUGACAUCCGCGAGGCCUUUAAGGAGUGCCGCAAGCUCGAUGACCGCUCCAUCGGCAAGUAUCCGGCCAAGUUUGGUAACAAGAGCAACAAUCAAAAGGUAUUUGACAAUAUUCCGGAUGGCACCGAUCUGCGGGAAUUCCCCAUUAUUGUGGGUGGAAAGUACACUGGUGGCGUACCUGGUAAGUACCGUGUGGUCACAGACUACAAGGACAACCGCGGCGACUUCCGCGGUGUGAUGCAGCAUACCGGUGCAACCGUUGGUGGCGCCUAUACGGCCUGCACGCGGGUCACAAAACCCAAGCCUGAGACCGGCAAAGACAAAGAGGACAAGGACAAGCACGGCGACAAGAAGGGUAACAAAGAGGAGCGCAACGUCCAGGCGACUGAGAUUGGGAUCGCGGAGGAAUCCACCAGCCACACUGUCAGCGACCUGGCCACCCGCGCAAAGAAGAAGAAGAUUGGCAGCGCUACAUGUGAGGGCGUCACGCUCUCCAAGGACGAUGUCGGUAGUGCGUUCAAGGAGUGUAAUAAGUGGGAUGACCGUGGCGUCGGCGGCUACCCGCACAAAUUCGGUAACAAGAACGGUAAUACCCAGGUGUAUCAGGGCGUCACCAAAGACCUGCGCGAGUAUCCUAUCAUUCAAGGUGGAACUUGGACUGGCGGCGUACCCGGCAAGUACCGUGUUGUCACCGACUACAAGAAGAACUUUGUUGGCGUGAUGGUUGAGAAAGCUGGUGCUACCUUCACCCGCUGCACUAUCAAUUCUGAUUAG